AGUGAAUACUGUAUAUAGUAAACGCUGUCUGUCUGUCCGGCGGUAGUUCCGGGUUCUGUCUUCAUUGCUGCUGUGUUGUCCUCGUCUUAUGUUGUAGGCAAAAAAGUCACUUUCGCCCACUUUAGGCAAUCAUGGCUCUUCUAAUGGAGCACCAGUUCCGGCAACUUCCAGCCGACAAACAAGUGGAAACCCGGCCGUUUCUCGAGGCGGUGUCUCACCUUCCUCCUUUCUUCGAUUGCCUCGGCUCUGCUGUUUUUUCCCCCAUCAAAGCUGAUAUCGCGGGUAACAUCACUAAAAUCAAGGCUGUGUAUGACAGCAAUCCUACCAGGUUUAAAACCCUGCAGCACAUUUUGGAAGCAGAGAAGGAGAUGCAUGGAACCGAGUGGCCAAAAGUAGGAGCAACACUUGCCCUCAUGUGGCUGAAAAGGGGGCUACGCUUUAUCCAAGUUCUUCUCCAGAGUCUAGUGGAUGGGGAUAAAGAUGAAAACAACCCUAACCUCAUCAGAGUCAACAUCACUAAAGCUUAUGAGAUGGCAUUGAAGAAGUAUCAUGGCUGGUUUGUCCAGAAGCUCUUUCAAGCAGCACUAUAUGCCGCUCCAUACAGAUCAGAUUUUCUCAAAGCUCUUUCUAAAGGGCGAGAGGUCAAGGAGGAAGAAUGCUUGGACAAAGUGCGGCAGUUCCUAGUAAACUUCACAGCUACUAUUGACGCCAUCUAUGAAAUGUACACCAAGAUGAAUGCAGAGCUGGACUACACUGUGUGAUCUCACAUUCACACACUUUAGACCUCAUCUACUGCUGUCCCACUGGAUCACUGUUGCCUCCCUGUAGACACCUCCUUAGUCUCCUCAUUGGACCGUUCUUCUCUCCUACUGGAUCCUGCAUCUCCAGCAGUAUACUGUUGUGUUUUCUCUUGGGGGACAAUUAGGGUCCAAGCUGCUGAAGGCUUUGGUGGUUUUGGAAGGGAGGAUGUCUGUUUGUGUUUGUUCUGCUCGUGUUGACCAUUUGAAUGCUUUGGCUUUUCUUUAGAAAAGUAGUGUUCUUAAAAAAGACAGUUUGUGAGCGUUUUAUAACUUUAACUACUAAUCAUUUCUGUUUGAUACAUGCACUUUAAGUAUGUGUAUGGAAUGGUUCUGUAUGUGUUAUAUACUGCAAAUGAGGGUUUUCAUUUGACUUUUUUAAUUAUACCAAAACAAACGUCUGCAGACUCUCUAACCAAAUAUCUGACAUUGACUGUACUGCUGUUAGUUUUUACUUUGGAUUCUAUUUUAUGAGAAAAAAUUACUUGAAUGUGACAUAAAAUAUAAAGAAACCACUUCCUCAGAAGUGACUAAAUGAAGCCACUAUAUUGAGUGGUGAAAGAGUAAAUAGUAAAACGUCUAUGAUAAUUUCUUAAUAAAAAUUUGUCUUUUAAUAAUUUAUUUCUACAAGACUUCUUAAGACUCUUAUUAUAUGGAUGACUGUGAAUCUUCAUAGACGUAAUUGGUCUGAUGCUUUGUUUAUGUAAUGUAAUGGAUGAGUAUUGUUGGUUUUAAUUUGUCAUUCCCAAAGGUUAAUUUUAUUCAAACUAACUGCUUUUUAGAAAUAAAUGUUAAUUUAUGGAAAUGAUUUGUUCUUUAUUCCAGCUGCCUUGUGCUUCGUUUUAUGACAUUACAGACUUAUUUCACUUUGCUUGGUCAGUAGGCAAACACUGAUGAACCACAUCUCAGUUCUGUCCCAGGUUAACCACUAUGCAACAACACUAAUGCAUUUCAUAGGACAACAUACAGUGCAUUCUGACGAUGUUAUUUUAACCAGUGGAGUUGACAUCAAUAA